CAGAUGUCCAGUGAAGCCCGGGACAAAUCGUAUUUACUGCCGCCACAGCCUGUCAAACAGUUCCUCAUCUCCCCGCCAGCAUCUCCCCCGGUGGGGUGGAAGCAGAGUGAGGAUGCGGUGCCUGUUAUAAAUUAUGAUCUCCUCUGUGCUGUUUCCAAAUUGGGACCAG